AUGAAUAGCCGUCAAGGAGGGAGGGCGAGGACAAUCAAGAACUGCCUCUACAAAAACACAUGUAUUCGACAGAUGUUCGAACAUCUUCAGUGCCAAUGGCAGAUGAAGGCCGGAGGGGUCGAAAAGUUGCUUGCUGGACCUGACAACAGGUGUAGACCUACUCGUUGCCAGGGAUCACAGAAUGUGAAAAUUGUUUACGACGCGGGUACCGCAGUUCGUAAGGUUGCCGCCAAUGGAGCUACCGCGGAGAUACCUCCUGCAUCACCGUCGGUAGUCUGCACGAGUGGGUGGGGAAGCAAAGCUCGUGGGGGAGUGGAAAUGGAUCACACUCGGGAUUCUUCCUCGGAAUCCGACAGUCCUCGCGUUGGCCUUGUGUCUGAUGACAAAUCUUCCUCAGAAGGCGGUACGGCGGCGGUAGCUUCCUUGUCUAUUCGAGCGUGA